AUGCAACAAGCUUUCCUCGCCCUCUUCAUGCUCGCUAGCACGAUCGUUGCUGCUCCUGUUCCUCAGGCAGCUUCGACUACGACUGCAGCUCCAGUCGCAACAGGCGCACCUGCAGCUGCGGCUGCUGUCAAAGCUGCAACACCUGAUGGUGAGGCCAAAAUUGCUGCUGCUGGUGUCAAUACGGAGCAGAAGACUCUUUUCCGCGGCUGUGGCGGCUAUUAUGGCGGUGGUCUCGGUGGUAUUGGGUACGGCGGUGGUAUUGGAUACGGAGGCAUUGGCGGAAUCGGUGGUAUUGGCGGAAUCGGUGGCAUUGGUGGAAUCGGUGGCAUUGGAGGAAUCGGUGGUGGAAUUGGUGGAGGCAUCAGUGGUGGUAUCAGCGGUGGCAUCAGUGUCAGUGGAGGCAUUCGUGGAGGACUGGGUGGCUUCGUGCUUGCCAAGGACCAGGACAAGGAUAAGAAGGAUAAACGUCAACUGCUUGUGGGCGAUGUGCCUGAACUUGAGCUCGAGGGCGAUGAGGAUGCCUUGGACCUCUCUUUGGAGGACCCUGCUGUCCUUGUAGACGCAGAUGACUCUGACCUGCUCGAUUCUGACUUGAUUGAUGCUGGCCUUCUGGCUUGA